UCCGAUCAGGAUCAGCUUCACGGUGAUGCCGGUUCCGUCCAUAUCCCCACGCAACGCCCUGCCUGCCCGCUAUGCCGGACCAUCCGCUCCAACUCCGCCCCUCUCUCGGCGGUGCCGGGCGGGGCGGGGCGAUCCGUGCAGAGCGGCGGAGCUAACGGAGCUUUGCGACCGUCCGGAUCCGGCCAUGUCCGAUUAUCGAAUCUCGGUUGAGGAACUGAACGACCUCCUUGCGAACGGCAGCGGUUGCUACAGCCUGCCGAGCGCGCACAGCAACGAGGUGGUGCCGCGCAUCCACGUGGGGAACGCGUUCAUAGCCAAGAACAUUAUGAAGCUGCAGCGCCUGGGGAUAACCCAUGUUCUGAAUGCAGCAGAGGGGAAGUCAUUCAUGCAUGUGAACACUAAUGCAGAAUUCUAUGAAGGCACAGGCAUCACAUACCAUGGCAUUAAAGCUAACGAUACGCAGGAAUUUAACCUCAGUCGAUAUUUUGAGGAGGCAGCUGAUUUUAUUGAGAAAGCACUUUCCCAGAAGGAUGGACAAGUGUUUGUGCAUUGCCGUGAGGGCUACAGCCGUUCUCCUACGCUGGUCAUCGCCUACCUCAUGCUUCGCCAGAACAUGGAUGUCAAGUCUGCUUUGGUCACUGUCCGACAAAAGAGAGAGAUUGGCCCUAAUGAUGGCUUUCUAAGGCAGCUUUGUCAGCUAAACGAGCAGUUAGUGAAGGAAGGCAAAGUGAAGCCCUGAAACAGAGCGCUGUAGUAUUUUGGGGGUGUUUUCUCAAACCAUCAGAGGAUAUAUUAAGUGCUUUCGAUUCCCAACCCCCCCAACCGCCAAGCUAAGUCACGUUGUGUGAGGGAGACAGAAUUCCUGCUCUGGUCUAUUGAAGGGAUCUUUCUCAAACUGUGGGUCUGUCUUUCAAGAUGGCACAACGCUGUGUCACUUGCUGGAGUUUGUUGCAAUGUCGAGGUGUCUUUAGAGGGGUGGCUCGGGUGAGAACAGCUGUUCACACACAUUUCAGUGCCCCUUUGCAGGCUUUAUAACAUGGCUUUGCAUUGACAUCCCGUUGCCUCAUUCAAGCUUUGUAUUUUAUUCCACCAGAGCACUGUUUGCUGAGAGCCCCCCAUACAUCUCUCGCUCUUC